UGGUCUCUGCUGCGUGUGUGUGUAUGCGUGCAUGUGUUCACAAUUAUCCUUUGGAGUUUAAGGGGGGCCAUGUCGACCGACGUUCCGGCCUCGGGGCUGUUCGAGGUGGGAGGCAUGCAGUUCAUCUCUCCGCUCUGUACCCCCGAGUCCGUCCUGCGGGUUCGCUCCCUGCACGUGCGGAAUGACGACGUCUUCAUCGCCACCUAUGCCAAGUCCGGCACCACGUGGAUGCAGGAGAUUGUGAGCCUGCUCCUGAGCGACGGGGACUUGGAGGCGGUGGCGGCGUCGUGCACCUGGGCGAGGGCCCCCUACCUGGAGGGUGCCUUCAAGCAGCAGCAGCUCGAGCUGCAGCCCUCACCCCGGCUCAUGACCACGCACCUGCAGCUCCACCUGGCCCCACAGCAGCUCACAGAGGGCGGCAAGGGCAAGGUGAGGCCGGGACUCGUGGGUGGCCGUGUCUCUGUCUGUCUUUCUCUGUCUCUCUCUCUCUCCCUGUCUCUCUCCCUGAUGAAGCCCCUCGGCCCCAGUUCGUCCCGGACCGCCAGCCAGGACAGCUCCCUCUGUUCCUUUGUGAGUGCCGCCAACGACACGUUCCUCCAGAUUUGCCGGUGUUCCAUGCUCAUGACGAACAAGACCGGGGACAUCGGGCACCCCAGCCGCACCCCGGACUCCACUCUGAUCAAAAUCCUAGCCCUGAGCCCACCUUCCUACGCAGGUGCCCUCUGCUACCGCAGAGGUUGCAUUGGGCCGGCUCCCCGCACUCCUCCACCGUGUGAUCCGGGGCCUUGCACCUGUAACGGAUCCGUGCCUCGCACGCUGCCGCCAGAUGCCCCCUUCCCCCACACCUCCUACACAGACCUGCGAGGCAGCGUGCUCCGCGUGUCGCGCUUCCUCGACCGGCCGCAGGACGAUUCCACGAUCGACUCCAUCGUCCACCACUGCUCCUUCGCCUCCAUGAGGGUCAACAAGAUGACCAACUACGAGGCGAUGCCCGCGGGGUUGGUGGACCUGAGCAAGGGGCCCUUCAUGAGGAAAGGCACCGUGGGAGACUGGAAGAAUUACUUCACUGUGGAGCAGAGCGAGAGGUUUGACAAGCUGUACGCGGAGAAGAUGAGAGGGUGCGACCUCACCUUCCCCUAUGACCUCAGCCACCUCUAGCAGACGGCCCACAGACACCGAGAGCCUGGGUUCGAGCCCUGAGUCUGGGUGUCUCUCUCUCUCUCUCAUGCUGGCCGUAUGAGGGAUGAACAUGAGAGUUCUGUUAGCCUUCCAAGAGGUGGCACUACAGCCCCAAACCUCAUGGCGAGGCUCGAAGCGCAGUGCGCUCGGGGCCGGAUGAAGAUUUUGAAGGCCCCCUGGGCUACAGGUACCGUGAGGCCUCCAGUAAUAUUUUCAAAAAAAUUAAAGAAAAAUAUCAUGAAUGUUUACAAGGCUAACAAGAAAUAAAAUUCAGCAUUCACAAAUGAAA